CAGCAUGGCGAACGUCGUUCUGUGGUUAACGUUGCUGGUGGCGCCCAUUGCUCAUACCAAAUUCGUGGUGGAUUUGCAAAAAUCCUUUCGACCGUGCGAAAACUCGAAAGCUCCGUUCCCGGUGGAUAUCUCGGGCUUACGGAUUUUCCUCUCGGAAGAUGACGAUAUGACGUUUGAUGGGCCGAUUGUCGUUACCAAAGAUAUGCGUCCACCGCUUGGUUUUGCCUUCUACUCGCAAAAGCAGGAGCACGGCGAGUGGAUGCCGAUGCCGUACGGUAAACGGGUACUGGACCUGUGUGCUGUCCUGCUAUCCGCCUCGGAUGUUUGGCACCCGAUAACGAGCAACAUGAACCAGACUCGCUGUCCUUUCAAGAAACACCAUACCGAACACUUCCAUAUGCUGAAAACGGGACUGUUUGGCUUCGAGGAUUAUCUGCAAGAGUUUACCGGCGAGUGGCGAAUAUUCGUGGAGCUGACGGUGACGAGGGUGGCACCGUUUCCGGAGGUUUCGUGCAUUAUGACUGAAGUGUCGAUAGUCGAACAUUGAUGGCCGGAUGGUUGUUGGUACUAAAUGGCUGGCUGUUGCCCAAAUUAAA